AUGCUGAGGCCGGUCCCUUUUAGCCUGCGGCCGCUGAGGCUUGCACGGUGUUCAGCAAUCAACCGAGUUCAGCCAUGUUUCCGGAGGAGCUUUUCGCAUUCAGUCUUUCAGCAACAGCAGCAAGAUGAGAGACAGUGGUCUACGCCGCUUGCCAAAAAGCUCUUCCAAGCCAUAUCUAUCACCGGUCCUGUACCCCUUGCUAGCUAUAUGCGCAUGUGUCUGACGGGUGAUCUUGGUGGUUACUAUACCGGCGCCAUCGAGGACACUCGUGACCAAUUUGGCACCAAGGGUGACUUCAUCACAUCUCCUGAGAUUUCACAAGUCUUUGGUGAGCUCAUCGGCAUUUGGUUCGUGGCCGAAUGGAUGAGCCAAGGCAGCCCCAAGAGUGGUGUCCAGCUUAUCGAGGUCGGCCCUGGCCGUGGAACCCUCAUGGAUGAUAUGCUUCGCACAUUCCGGAGAUUUCCAGCAAUGGCCAAUAGCAUUGAUGCUGUCUAUAUGGUUGAAGCCAGCCGCGAACUCAGAGGAACGCAGAAGAAUCUCCUCUGUGGCAAGGAUGCCCCGUCUACCGAGUCUAAUGUUGGGUAUCAUGCAACCGGAAAGCACACCGGAAAGCCUAUCGUGUGGACUGAUUCUAUCAAGUCGAUCCCUAUUGAUCCGUCCAAGAUGCCAUUUAUUGUGGCACAUGAGUUUUUUGACGCCCUGCCCAUACAUGCUUUCGAGUCGGUGGCUACUCCCACAGAGCCUGAGCCCCAGGAGGGAGACAGGCCAAGCAAGCCGAAGCCAAAGGAGGCCACUGAAUGGCGAGAGAUGAUGGUGUCUCCCACCCCCCCGGGUGCCACGCAUGCAGACCUGGGCACUCCCAAGUCUGAGCAGCACCAGCCAGUUCCCGAAUUCCAACUCAUCAUGUCCUCAACACCAACCAGACACUCGAGAUAUGUCCCAGAGUCGUCGCCACGAUACCGGAAACUCAAGCCCACCCCCGGCUCAGUCGUCGAGGUCUGCCCCGACGCCUCGCUCUAUGCAAGUGACUUUGCAACUCGCAUCGGCGGCUCCUCAAAGUCUCCCAAGGCCACCCCGAGCGGCGCGGCCCUCAUUCUUGACUACGGCACCUCCGACACCAUCCCGAUAAACUCGCUCCGCGGCAUCCGCCAGCACAAGCGCGUGAACCCCUUCUCGGAGCCUGGUCUCGUCGAUCUCAGUGUCGAUGUCGACUUCACCGCCAUUGCCGAGGCUGCCAUGCUGGCGAGCGAGGGCAUCGAGGUUCACGGCCCCGUUGGACAGGCCGACUUCCUCGAGCUCAUGGGCAUCCGCGAACGAGCUGAGAUGCUUAUCAAGGCCCCCGAUGUAACUCAGGAGUCUGCCGACAAGAUUCGGCAGUCGUGGAGGCGUCUCGUCGAUCGCGGUCCUGGCGGGAUGGGCAAGCUGUACAAGGCUUUGGCCAUUCUUCCUGAGAAUGAUGGCCGUCGACGACCGGUUGGUUUUGGUGGUGACAUUUGA